AUGGAAGACCAAACUGUGCAUUUUCGCAAUAUUUUACUGUUUUACUUCCGUAAAGGGAAGAACGCGCGUCAAGCUUGUGAAAAAUUGCGUAAAGUUUACGGUGUCGAUGCCCUAAAAGAACGUCAGUGCCAAAACUGGUUCAAGAAAUUCCGCGCUGGUGAUUUUAAUCUCAAAGAUGCUCCUCGGUCAGGAAGGCCCACCGAGGUUGACGACGACAAAAUGGAGGCAUUUAUCAAGUCAAACUCACGUUACACGACACGAGAGAUUGCAUAA